AUGAAGGGAUUGGCCUGCCCGUGGCCUGCCCUGCUGGGCUUUGGGCACCCAGGGUCCUGCUUCAUGGCUGAAGGCUCCUCCUGCACUCAGGCCCCGGGGCAAGGACCCCCUGUCAGCAUCCAGCUCCUGCGAGCCCAGUAUGAAGGCCUGAAGAGGCAGCAGAGGACCCAGAUCCACCUCCUGGUGCUCCCCAAAGGAGGACACACGCAUAAUUCUGCUGAAUCCAUGAUCAGUCCUGUUUGGAUUAACAAGGAGUCAAGGAGCACCCUCUCCCUGGAAGAGGCAGAUCCUGAGGUGGAGGGGGUUCUGGAAGAAGCCCACCAAAGCGGUCUUCAGACUCCUGAGUCUCCAUGGCACACGCACCUAGAGAUGCAUCGCUUAGUCCAAACCUUCCACCAUGAAACCAGCCAAGUGAAGCCCCAGGGCCAGCCUGUGGGGUCUGACCAAAGGCUCCGACCAGAAGGAGACCCACACUUGUUUGAAAACAGUCACCCGACUCUGCAAGGAACCAAACUCCCAGAGAGGGCCCAGGGUCAAUGUCAGGUGGGCAGUUCCCCAACAAAGAUCGUGGGACCCAGCUUAAAAACCGACGUUCAGUUUCUUCCUUCCAUAAAGGACUCCCACAGGUCUGGCAGACCUGCUUACUAUCCGUUUCCCCGGAGGAAAACUCCCAGGAUUUCCGAAGCUGCCCGGAACCUGGGCUUAUAUGGCCCAACCUGA